AUGCAGCUCGCCAUCAGUGCUGCCUGGGACCCCCCCCGCCUGGGCGCCGCUGGGUGCAGGAACCGCGGCAAGGGGCAGUACGGGUGCUCGCACUACCGCCGCCGCGUGCGCUUCAUCACGCCCUGCUGCAACGAGGAGUGGUGGUGCCGCCACUGCCACAACAAGGCCAAAGACACGGAUGAGGAGGACUGGCAGAAGAAGCACGAGCUGGACCGCAAGGCGAUCCAGGAGCUGGUGUGCGCGCUGUGCAACACGCGGCAGCAGGUGGCGGCCAACUGCGCCGCCUGCGGCGUCGACUUUGGCGCCUACUCCUGCCUCGUCUGCCGCUUCUUCGACGACGAGCUGGGCAAGCAGCCGUACCACUGCGCGCAGUGCGGCAUCUGCCGCAUCGGAGGGAGAGACAACUACUUCCACUGCGCCACCUGCGGCUCCUGCUACGCCAUGCAGCUCAAGGGCAACCACCAGUGCGUUGAGCGGGCGAUGCACCAGAACUGCCCCAUCUGCUUUGAGUUCCUGUUCGAGUCGGUUGAUCCCACCACCGUGUUGCGCUGCGGCCACACGAUACACACGCAGUGUGUGCGGCUGGAGGCCAGCCACAACGCGGUGUGCCCCUCCUGCCCCAUCUGCAAGAAGAGCCUGGGGGACUACGGGGCACACUGGCGAGACAUAGACGCCCGCAUCGCGCUGCUGCCCGUACCGCCAGAGUACCGUGGCUGGAGGGCAGACAUACUGUGCAACGACUGCUCGCAAAGCAGCAGCGUUUCUUUCCACCUGCUGGGACUCAAGUGCCCCGCCUGCGGCUCCUACAACACACGCCGC